CAAGCGCCAUAAGAGAUGAGUGCAUUGGGCAAAAAAUUCCAUUUUUCAGCUUAACUCGAUAUUCGCGGGCCACUAUGCAUGCAAGCAUUGGGCCCAAAACGCAUCUCCACAUUGGCUGCUUUUUAUAAUGAUCUAAAACGCAUCUCCACAUUGGCUGCUUUUAUAAUGUUCUAAACAAGGAAGUCCAUUUUUUUUGACAAAUAUAUUGAGUUUGAUUAGAUAGAAGGAAAUUGAGCCAUCUCCAAUGCUCCCAAGAAUUCAGUGUUUUCAGCUUUUGCAACACACCCAAUAUAAAAAACAUACCCAAUCUAUUCAUGCGAAAACGCUUUUGUAGAUUACCUGCACAAUUACCUGAGGAGAGGAGAGAGAAGGUCGCUGCAAGUGCAAUUUAACAGAAGAGCCAGAACUGAAUGCUUAUAUAGAAUCUUUUGGAGUUCCAAUUCUGUUCAGAUUUUGCAGCACGUGCAGGUAACAAUAAUAAAAUUUCAGUGUGAAGCAUCUGUAUGGUGUGGAGAGGACACAAUGCAGUAGUAUUUUGUAUCUUUUCAAUUCAAAGCUCUUAAAAUCAAAAAGGAGUAUGGGAGCUUUAUGUUGCUGUCCAAGCCAGGAAGACCUGGAAGAAUAUGCAUCUUAUCCCAAUGGAUCCAUAUAUCAGCGUUGCUUGUGUGUCAGGUGUUGUGUCCACCGGAUUCUAAGCAUGUAUUCUACAGCCUUUGGUAGGGUUGAUCGGCGAGGUGCUGCUUCAGCAUCUUCUGCGUCAGCUGGAUUGUUAGGUAUUUCUUCUCCUGAUACUUCUCCACCUGAUACAUAUCGCCCACCUCCAAGACCCUUACCAUAUGAUGUAGAUCCUAGAUAUCUUCACUUACAGCGUGAUGGGCUGGUAUCAAGGCGUGAAAAGACAAGUAUUUAUUUGCAUGAAGAAUCUGAGCCUCUUAGAAGAGAUAAUGGCACUUGCGGUGAAACUUUAACUACACUGCAGAAAAAGAUUGGAGUUGAUAGCGAAGAGCAGAGCCAAGGCUAUUGUACUGAAAUGCCAGAGAAGUGCCAAUCUUCGAAGACAAUGCUGACUGUUGAAUCUGCAAUAGCUCUCAUAGAAGAGGAAGACAUCUGUCCCACUUGUCUUGAUGAAUAUACUACUGAAAACCCUAAAAUUUCUACACAGUGUGGUCACCAUUUUCAUCUUGGCUGUAUAUAUGAGUGGAUGGAGCGAAGCGAUAACUGCCCAGUCUGUGGAAAGGAGAUGGUUUUCAGCGAAACUCCUUGAAUCAUUUACAUUAUUUAGAUGACCGGUCAAUGGCUCAUUCAAAAUAUGCAGAAAUCUAAUGAUUUGUAGCAGAUGAUAAUUGUAAAGCUUCCUUGGUUCAAGGAUAUCUCUGAAGCAAUAUAUACUUACAUUAUUCUGAUGGUUAGCUUGUCAGUUCACUGAGGGACUAGUUCUGUGUGGGAUACUAAUAUGUCCAUCUAUCUGAUGGUGAAGGGUGUUUUCAUGCACUAUGUAAAUAUGGUGGCUAAAUUGGUGCUACAUUCAGUUGUUUUAUAUUAAUGAUUCCUCAUUGUUCCCUGCAAUCUCUAUAAGAAAGCUUUCUUGGGUAUGCCUUAAGUCGUUUUGAUUGGCAUAUUAAUCAUAUGUAAUUGGUGGUAAUCCCUCUGGAGAUGGUUUGCAUCAAAAGCCCCUGAAUCAUUUGCAUUAUUUAGAUGACUGAUCAAUGGCUUAUACAUAAUAUGCAGAAAUCUAAUGAUCUGUAACAGAUGACAAAUUGCAUAGCUUCCUUGGUUCAAGUAUAUCUUGGAAGCUAUAUAUAUACCGACAUUAUUCUGAUGGUUAAGCUCGCCUGUUGGCUGCGGGACUUGCUCCAUAUGGGAUACUAAUUUGUCCAUCUAUCUGAGAAAUCGCUGUCUUCAUGCAUUAUGUAAAUAUGAUAGUUAAUUUGGGGCAGUUUACAGUUGUCAUAUAUUUAAUAUUUCAUCAUCUUUCUUUCCAA